AUGGCUAUGCGUAGAAUUCAAAAAGAGUUAAGGGAGAUCCAACAGGAUCCUCCUUGUAAUUGUAGUGCUGGACCAGUUGGAGAUGAUAUAUUUCAUUGGACUGCAACAAUAACUGGACCUGAUGACUCUCCAUAUCAAGGAGGAUUAUUCUUUUUAGACGUACAUUUCCCAGUUGAUUAUCCGUUUAAAGCACCACGAGUAACAUUUAUGACAAAAGUAUAUCAUCCAAAUAUUAAUAAGAAUGGUGUUAUUUGUCUUGAUAUUCUUAAAGAUCAGUGGAGUCCUGCUUUAACUCUUUCUCGUGUAUUGUUAAGUAUUUCAUCUUUAUUAACUGAUCCUAAUCCUUCUGAUCCUCUUGACCCAGAAGUAGCUAAUGUAUUAAGAGCUAACAAGAAACAAUUUGAAGACACAGCAAGAGAAUGGACUCGUAUGUAUGCUCGACCAUAA